UGGGGAAGUGAUUGGGAGACCAAUCAAUAUGAGGGUGGGACCUUUGCCAUAUGAUUUGGUGAGAAAUGCCAAAAUGGCAUCCUCAAUCACCCCUCACCCCAUAUGCUCGGUUCAAUCAUCCAAGGAAGGGAGAGAAACUCUGAAAAUACUCCAUUUCCUCAUCCUUUCACGCACCAAGAACAAAGGAGGAAGAAGGAGGGGAAAAGAGAAGAGAAAAGGUUGUUUUGGAGAGGAAAACUUGUGUUUAGCAAGGUAUUCAAGGAACUUUCACGGAGUUGAAAAGGUCGCCGGAGUUGUCGCCGGAGUUCGUUGAAGUUCGCCGGAGUUUCGUCGGAGCUAAAUCGGGAAGGCUAGAACUUCAUAAGCUUCAUUAAGGUUGAGGCUAGAGUCCUAUUACCUGCACCUUUGCCUAGGGUGACCAUUCGAGGAGGAAGACGUGGUUCGUGCUUCCAUUCAUAUUUCAAAUGUAUAAACUGCUCAUGGAUUUUUGAACAAUGUUUUCAUUAAAACAGUUGGGGGCCUGCGUGCCCGUGUUUGCCACGUGUGGCUAAGUAUCAAACAUUUUAUUAUUUUCCGCAUUUGUUUGAUUAUGAUAUUGAUGUUGAUUGUAUGUGUUUACUAAUCGGUUUGGCAAUAGAAUCAAUCGGACGCCUUGUACAACUCAAUGGGGAUGAACUGUUGUUGUUCUUAUCGGGUUGUACGGCGGUUGUCUACGUGGCUCGAACGCGGUCCGGGGCGUGACAAGUAGAGCCGGCCUGAUAGUCAUGGAAGUGUAAUAACUGAGCAUUGAUCAAUUCCUAUAAUUAAAAUUACUAGUCCAG